GAGAGAGAGAGAGAGAGGAGGAGGAGGACGGCAAUGGCUGGGGAUCUCAUCAAGAGGGCUCAUGGAGCGAUGGUGUUGGGGCAGGUGAUAAGUGCCGGCUACCAUGUGAUCACAAAGUUGGCGUUGAAUGUGGGGAUGAACCAGUUGGUCUUCUGUGUCUUUCGGGACAUCCUUGCCCUCUCUAUUCUCGCUCCACUUGCGUUCUUCUACGAUAGAAAAGUCCGUGUUCCACUUACUCCUCGCCUACUUGUGUCAUUUUUCAUUCUUGGACUAACUGGGAUCUUUGGCAAUCAGCUUUUGUUUCUUAUUGGUCUUAGUUAUACAACUCCCACUUAUGCUGCAGCUUUUCAACCUGCAAUUCCAGUAUUUACAUUUUUAUUGGCUGCAAUAAUGGGUGCUGAAACAGUUACCUUGCUGACAAGUGAAGGUCGAGCGAAAAUUGGAGGCACUUUUAUCUGUGUUUCAGGUGCCCUUUUAAUGGCCUUGUACAGAGGCCCAGCUGUUAUUGGCAGCAUGGCUUUUGACCCAUUAAGUGAUAUAAGUGCAAAGUCUCAGCCUGAGCCAGCUGGAUGGUUAGCGUCUAGUUUGAUGGAGUUUGGACUUGAAAAGUGGCAUAUUGGUGUUUUGUGCUUAAUUGGCAAUUGCAUGUGCAUGGCUACUUAUCUUGCUUUACAGGCUCCAGUUCUAUCAAAAUAUCCUGCCAGUUUGUCUUUGACGGCAUACUCAUACUUUUUUGGUGUUACCUUGAUGAUAUUAUGCGGAUUUUUUGCGACCAAUGAUUACACUGAUUGGACUCUGACUCAAUCUGAAAUAAUUGCUGUGCUAUAUGCUGGUAUUGCUGCUUCUGCACUUAAUUAUGGGCUGCUGACAUGGUCGAAUAAGAUGCUUGGACCUGCACUAGUGGCUCUGUACAUGCCUCUCCAACCUGCUGUGGCUGCCAUAUUGUCAAGAAUAUUCCUUGGAAGUCCCAUUUAUCUUGGAAGCAUUAUUGGGGGUCUUUUGAUCAUUUCUGGCCUCUACAUGGUAACUUGGGCCCGCUACAGAGAGAGACAGACCGCGGCCGUGAUUCCUUAUGCUAAAUGCGCCUCUGAACCUUCAAGUGAUGAUCCGCCCUUGAUAAAGAAAGCAAACAUUUUCUCCGGCCCCUCUAUUGCAUUUCCUAGGCCAUGGAAUGAACCACAUGAGUUGUGAUGGAUUAUUAUGAUAUUUAACAGUAGCAUACAGCGAUAGUGAAUGUUUACGUGUAUUUGAGGACAUCAUAAAGGAAGAGAUUCAGAAGCAUUUGAUUUGCUAGUGUUUUAA